AUGUCUUCGGAGCCAGAAAAGGAUAAAGAAAGACUGGCUGAAGCUGCCAAAACGUUCUUCUUUCACAUAAAAGAUCUUACUUCCUUCACAAACACACUGAUCAAAUCGUUUAACCACAACAUGGAUACUCAGAUCCUCUUGGUAGCCAUGCAAGAAAACAGUAAUAUCCAGGAUUUCUUUGAACAAAUGCUCAAAACUUUAAAGGACAUGAGAUCUGUGGUGGAUGAAAAGUACAAAAGCAUCCAGAUGGACUCUUUAUCUUCCAAGAUUGCAACAGCUAUGUCCAGUGUGGUUGAGAAGAACAUCAAUGUGAAGGAAUUGCAAGACUCAGCUAAAGAAAUAUUCAAAAAUGUCCAGACACCAGUCCUUGUCUCUGCGCUACAUGGUGGUAACGUCCUUGGGAAUUUGGAAUCUUCUCUUUCACUCUUGUUGAAACUCCCCAUCAUGAAUCUUCAAUUAAGUGACUUCUACAGGGAAGACGCCAAAGAGCAAUCAGAUGCUACCACAUCCAAGAAAAGCGAGAGUCCACGUCCUUCCCCUACCACUGCAACAGACAUCUUGAAAAAGUUGCAGGAGGCACUGAAAAUCAAGGAUGCCAACAAUCCCAUGCAGACAGCAGCAGAUCUAUUGGAACAGAUUGUCAACGAUAUGGGACCAAUCAUAGAGGUCUUCCAAAAAGCCGUCAACAUUGUAGAGACUGAUAUUACUGCGUUUAAGAAAGCGGAUGACAAGUAG